ACCGCACUAGAUCGCCACUUCGCCCUCUAAAAACCCUAGCCAUAUAUCUCCUCUCGUUACGCCGCUUGCGAGUCUUAAAUCGCCUUCCUCCUCCACGGCUAGGGUUUCUCUGCAGCAGUCGCAGCAAUGGGUAAGGGAACUGGGAGUUUCGGUAAGAGGAGGAACAAGACCCACACACUUUGCGUUAGGUGUGGCCGCCGCAGCUUCCAUCUUCAGAAGAGUCGCUGCUCCGCCUGUGCUUUCCCCGCUGCCCGCAAGAGGACAUACAACUGGAGUGUGAAAGCGAUCCGUAGGAAGACAACUGGAACUGGUAGGAUGAGGUAUCUCCGUCAUCUCCCUCGCCGCUUUAAGAGUGGUUUCAGAGAAGGCACUCAAGCUGCACCAAGGAGUAAGGGAGCAGCUGCAACUGCUUAAGCCUAUAAUCAUGCAUGUGGGCAAACUUUGGGGAGUGAAUUACAUGAUUAAUUGUUGUUUAUUUCGUGGGAAAAUUUUUUGGAGACAUUGUUUGGAAGUUUCAACUUUUAAUGCUUUUUAGUAUUAUUGUAGUUUCCUUGAUAUGAAGUUACUUUCAAUUUUGGAGUGGAUGAUGAAACUCUCUUUGGUUUGAUGUUUGAUGGAAGUCAGCUAUUUUAUGUUUUUUUA